CUUAAGAUCCGGCCUGGCUCGACUGACUCGCCUAUGUUUUGGCCUCGUCCAAGCAUGUGCCGCUCUGUCUCUGCCUCUGCCUGCUACAAUGGCCGACGAGGGAAUGUCCAUUGUUCCCUACGGGUCGGGCAAUCUUGAUGUUGUGCUCCGCCAUAAUGACUCGGUAGUGGUCUUCGAUCGGGACUCCCGCCAACUUGUUCUCCGAAAUACAACAGAGAACAACGAUGCCAACCUCGAGCUUGCCGACUGUCCUUACUGCCAUCGCCCUCUCCGCGACGACGGCUCGGCCCCGGACGACCACCAUGCCACCCCCGGAGCGCAGCCUGAAUUCAUCAACCCGAACUAUUUCCGCAUGCUCCACAAUAGCCUCCCCAGCUCCGUGAACUCAUCAAGCCCUCCGUCUCCUCGUCGGCGUCUGGUUCCCCCGGCUCUUGCGGACGGCCCAACCAGUGGCCCUAGCUACUCGAGUAGCAGCGUACCCCCCAGUCAAGGAAUCUCAUCAGCUGCAUUCACACCGGACUACUUCAAGAAAUUCUUCGUGGAAGAGACAGUACUGGGCAAGGGUGGAAAGGGAGUGGUCCUGCUGGUGAAACAUGUACUGGAUGGCGUUUCACUCGGCCAGUACGCCUGCAAACGAGUACCUGUCGGAGACGAUCACGAGUGGCUUGAGAAGGUGCUGGGAGAGGUGCAGUUACUGCAACAUCUCACACAUCAAAACCUCGUGUCCUAUCGGCACGUCUGGCUCGAGAACGCCAAGAUCAGCACAUUCGGGCCCAGUGUACCAUGUGCUUUUAUCCUCCAGCAAUAUUGCAACGCCGGGGAUCUGCACAACUAUAUCUGCGGCUCCGUAGAUACACCUACGACCACUGAGCAGCUGAAGGAGCGCCUCCGCAGAAAGUCCCGAGGCGGACCCGAGCCUGAGAGUAAUCUUGGAAAGCUCCGUACGCUCAGCUUCGACGAAAUCUAUUCCUUCUUCAAAGACAUCACCUCGGGGCUGCGAUACCUGCACGCCAACGGAUACAUCCAUCGUGACCUGAAGCCAAACAACUGCUUGCUGCACAAAACAAGCGAUGGAAUCCGCGUUCUGGUCAGCGACUUCGGCGAGGUCCAAGCCCAGGAUUCCAUCCGGAGAUCUACCGGCGCGACGGGGACCGUCUCAUACUGCGCCCCGGAAGUGCUACGACAGGAAUAUCCAGGCGGCCCAUUCGGGAACUUCACUUUCAAGUCCGACAUCUUCUCUCUGGGAAUGAUUCUCUAUUUCCUAUGCUUUGCGCAGUUACCCUACAGCAACGCCGACCUCAUCCACGAAGAGAAAGAGGACCUGGACCGGCUCCGCGAAGAGAUCAGCCAGUGGUCUGGAUUCGACUACGCGCGGCGCAUGAGGCCCGAAUUGCCCGAGCAACUCUACACCUUCCUGGAGCGUCUCCUCUCAGUAGAUCCCGACCGACGACCAUCCGCAGACGAAGUCCUGGGCGGCCUCCAAGCCGGCGCCAACGUCAACGAGAGCUUUCGAUCGCGACGAGCCAGUCCAACAAGUCCCGACAUCCGCUCUGGGUCGAGAAUCCAGCCCGUCGAAAGCACCACACUCCCCUCUUUCGCCCGACAGCCCCUAUCUCCAAACAGAACCAUCGCCCGAAGCCCAGUAGCCGUACGCCGAACCCCAGCCUACAGUGCAGACGGCACCGAGACGGAAUUAACCCCGGACCUUAUCGUGAGACCUCGAUAUCCCUCCACACCCUCCCACUCACCCACCCAAGUCGAGCCUCAGGACCACAAACAUCCCGACCCUCCCCCCAUCCAACAACUCCUCCCCCCACCACCCCCCAGCCGCUUCUCUCUGUCAAGACUCCUCCCCUACGCCCCCGCAUUCGAAUUCUCCCACUGGCAAAUCCCUCUCACCGCAACCCAACUGUCCUGCUUCCUGGUCAAAAUCGUCUCCAUCUUCCAACCCUGCAGCCCCCUCGCCGUCAACCCCUGGGUCGCGUAUACGUUGCUUCUCCUCGCGGCGGUCUACUUCCCCACAAAGAACUUUCUGACCCAGAUCGUCGCUCUUUUUCUGCAUCUGGUCGUCGUUAGUCUGUGUUUGAGGAUGGAUGCGUUGUGUUGGCAUGGUUCGAGGGGUGCUAUGAUGUUUGCCCGGUAGCAAAAUUGUUCUGUUUGUUUUUAUUUCCUUGGCUUUGGUGCAGGCAGGUGUACAUUGGAGUCUUGUGGUCAAAAGCGAGCGUUUCCUUUCUUCUUCUUCUUCUUUUCUUUCUUUCAAGCAUGGCAUGGCAUGGCAUGCAUUUCGGUUUAUUUCUGUAUCUAUCUACUCUAGCUGAUCUUUUUUUUUUCGGGCUUGAUAUUUAUUAUCCAAGGAUGAAUGUACACAUUACGCAAGAUGAUGAACUGACUACCUACCAUUUAUUUGUUUAAUUAUUGUCCAGGUAUUUACCAAAUAGUCACUAGCUAGUUUG